GUUUAUUCUUACAAUACCAUAGUUCAUGUGUAACUUUGAGCAUAUACUAUCUGUAGCUGUCUAAUAUUAGCAUGUUUGAAUUAAGAUGGAAGAUGAUUAUGAAGAGGACUUUAUAAUCUCGCUUUACCCGAAUCGUUGAGUGAUAUUGUCGGAAUUGGAAGUUACAAUUGUUGUGAUGUCUAAAGAAAAGAGAGAUUUAAGGCUUCUUUUACUCAAAAUUGGGGUGGUUGUUGCCAUCUCUUCCGCUGGAUUGCUUUAUGCUCGAUUUAGGACCCGAAAGACCAAACGGCAUUUGCCUUCUCCACCUCCAUCACGGCGUGUUUCAGAUUGUUGCAGUGAGGCUGAUGAUUGCGGUGAAGACGAUGCUUCGGACUUAAGGAUGGCACCAGCUUCUGAUCCUGAAGAAAUAUCGGUUGAAAAGGAUGACGAUGAGCUAGAGAUCAAGCGCCUUAGAAAUAUGGUAAGAAUGCUUCGCGAGAGGGAGAGGAAUCUCGAGGCCCAGCUGUUGGAAUAUUAUAGCCUUAAAGAACAAGAGGCAGUGGUUAUGGAGCUCGAAAACCAGCUGAAGAAAAACAAUAUGGAGGCCAAGCCUUUCACUCUCAAGAUUGCGUCCUUACAGUCGGAAAACCAGAGAUUAGAAAACCAAGUUGCCGAUCAUUCAAAAGUCGCAGUCGAGCUUCAGGCUACUAAAUCGAGAAUUGAAGUGCUUAAGAAGAAACUUAGGAAAGAGGCUGAGCAGAAUAGAGAGCAGAUUCUAAACGUUCAAAAGAGGGUUGCUAAAUUAAAAGAGGAAGAACUCAAGGCUCCCGUGGAUAAUCAUGAUAUCCAAUCAAAUUCUAAAAGGCUAAAGGUUUUGGAAGGCGAGGCAGAAGAGUUGAGGAAAUCUAAUACAAGGUUGCAGAUAGAAAAUACUGAACUGGCUCGGAAGUUGGAAUCAACCCAAAUCCUAGAAAAUUCAGUUUUGGAGGAUCCUGAGUUAGAAGCAAUAAACAAAACACAAGAGCGUCUGAGGCAAGAAAAUGAAGAGUUGAAGAAGCAAAUUGAACAGCUCCAGGAAGACAGAUGCAGUGAUGCCGAAGAACUGGUGCAUCUCCAAUGGGUGAACGCUUGCUUGCGGUACGAGCUGAGGAAUUUAGCACCCAGCCCUGGUAAAACAGUUGCUAGAGACCUAAGCAAAAGCCUAAGUCCGGAGUCGGAGGAGAAAGCCAAAAAGCUUAUACUUAAAUAUGCACACACUGAAGGAACAUGGGAUAGAGGGAUGAAUAGCAUGGAUUUUGACAGUGAUCAUUUGUCUUGCUCGCAAGCCUUCUAUGAUACCGACAACGGCCAAGUAGACGGUUCUGCUAAGAAAACCCCCAACUCAGGAAAAACCAGGUUUUUAAAGAAACUUGGGAGAUUAAUACUGGGAAAAGACGGUUCUGCAUUAUCAAGGAAAAGCGUUGCUGAUUCUCCGACUUGGAGUUCAGGUAGUGGGAAUGAUUUUGUAAACACGCUACAAAGCAAGAGUGAUAGGUGGUUUACUACAUCUCAUAGUUCAUCUGCUACCACAUUUGAUGUUGAUCAAGUCAAGGCCAUUGAUAAAUUCAGAAGGAACAGUGACCUGGGUUUGUAUGGAUAUAGAAGAUUGGGUUCAGGCAGGGAUGCUGCUCUAGAACCCCAACUCCAUCAAGGUUCACAAUAGGGGCUUUAAAACAGUAAGGAGGAUAGAUUCACAAUAGAGCAGCAAGCAUUAUGUAAUUUUUAGU